AUGAGUAAACUCUUUCGAACAAAGUCGAGUGAUUUCGAAACUGAGGCGCUGGAAGUUCACAACGAAUACAGAAGGGAGCACGGCGUACCCCCGCUAGUCCUCAAUAAGGAGAUCUGCAAAGUCAGCCAGAAAUGGGCUGAAGAACUAGCUAAAAAAGAUUCCAUGUCCUACAGUCUAAACUCCGACUACGGUGAAAGCGUAUACUGCGGCUGGUCUUCGGAUCCUAACGUGAAGAUCAGGGCACGUGACUGCAUAGACCGGUGGUACAACGAAAUCAAUGAAUACUCUUUCGGAAAAGAACCUGAAGUACUGAAUUGCGGACAUUUUACACAGAUUGUAUGGAAAAACACUCAAGAAUUGGGUAUCGGCAGCGCGAAGAGCAAAUCUGGUAAACUAUACAUUGUAGCCAAUUACUAUCCACCAGGUAACUAUGGGGGACAGUUUGUCAAAAAUGUUCUUCCACCAGGAGCAUUUCAGUUUAAAAGUUCUUCAAGCGUGAGUUCUUCAGAAUCCCCGCGCGAAUCUAACAAUAACUUAAGCUCAUCACCACAGAAAUAUGGUAAGAAUAUAAGCGAUUACGCGUCCGAAUUGGUCACGAAGCUAAAGUCCUCAUCAAUAUCAAGCGAGAGAUUUGAAGAAGAUUUCUUGAAGGCUCACAACGAGUACAGAAGUAAGCACAGAGCUCCGCCGCUAGUUCUGAACAAAAAACUCAGCAAGUACGCUGAAGAAUGGGCGAAAACAAUAGCAAAAAAUGGUAGAGUGGAACACAGAGAUCAAAACGAAUACGGAGAAAAUAUAUUUUAUGCCUGGUCGUCUGACCCUAACUUCGUUUUAUCCGGGAAGGACCCCGUGGAGAAAUGGUACAGUGAAAUUAAGAAUCACGAAUUUGGAAAGGAGCCAGACAACUUGGGCUCUGGACAUUUCUCUCAGGUCGUUUGGGAAGAUACGAUGGAAGUUGGUGUGGGUUUUGCGAAAACAAAAGAGGGACAAGUGUACGUUGUAGCGAACUAUCAUCCACCUGGCAAUGUACUUGGCAGUUUUGCAGCCAAAAGAAGAAGCUUGCUAUCCGAUGACGAUAUACUCGGAGUGCCAAAAUACCCGGAGCAUUUGCCACGGGCAGAGAGAAUUUUGCCCGGGCAUACGUUGCUAAAGCCCGCUUUCGGCAUGCUGAAAUCCUCAGUGAAAUUCCCUCAGAGAUCCAUUGGCAGGGACGUGUAUGGAAAUGUGGAAAACAUCGGGAUAUCAUAUGGCAACGAUAACGAACGUGUUAAGUACAGUAAUUUUAGAAAAGCCAACGAUCUAUUGGUGGAGGACGUCCGACGAUCCAGGAAGAUAAAGUCGGCAUUCAGAAACCGGCAGACGAGUGAAUCGACAGAGUCGUCGGGCCUCUCGCCGUCGUCUGACAGUUCUGAUUACGAGAAAAACGAGGGAAAUCCAUACACGAUUCACAAGGACAAAUACAAACAGAAUUGGCUUUGGAAUCAUAAGCGAAGAAACAGUUUCUACAAAUUCGAUCCACGAGAAUUAUCCAGCAUAGUAGGUGUCCCUUCCUCGCCCAGCCAUCUCCCUGAAGCGGAACCCGUCCUCCCCGGACACACGCUCCUCAGACCUGCCUUGGGCAUGCUGAAGUCCGCCGUCAAGUUUCCACAUAGGGAAUUGGAAAACGGGGCUGGAGUUUACGGAAAUUUCGACAAUUUGGGUCUUAGAUACGACGCGAAAAAUGAACGUGUUUUAUACACAGGAUUCAGAAGAUCUCCAUCCGACUACAUUAUGUAUCUUUAUAACCUUCGCGGUAUCCCCAAUGAGAAGCCAGUCCUCAGAAACCAAAAUGAGGCUUUGAAUGUACAAUCUUCUGCAGAUGUAACCCUCGAAGACGGAGUUACUGAAAAAAAUGCUAACGAGACACCAAAACCAAAAUUGGUGAAAAUUCAGAAGGACUUCGAUCACCUUCUGAUUGAUGAAAACGCUCCCGAACAUAAUGAAUUAGUACCGAAAGCGAUUUCCAAUGAAAAGUUGAGAAAAUGGUGGUUUUACAACCAGGUAAGUGAAACAAAUGCCAAUCAACGACAAAAAUUAGUAAUAGAUCAAGAUGGAGGUGCUGAUGAUGCAAUGGCAGUCUUUAUGGCGCUGCUGAAUGAGAAAUACUUCGAAGGACCCGAAGUGGUAGCACUGACGACGGUGCACGGCAAUGUUAAUGAAAGCCAGGUGUUCAUAAAUUCAGGAAGGAUCCUCAAUGUAGCUGAAAGGAGAGAUAUACCAAUCUAUCGUGGUUGUGUAGAGCCGUUCGUCAGAGGAAUAACGUCGGAUUUCUUUUUCGGUUUUGACGGCCUUGGAGACAACGAGGUGGAACACUACGACGCCCUUCCAUCCCAACCAUUACACGCUGCUCUAGCGCUGAUUGAGCUGUCUAAGCUGCACGAAGGAAAUCUAAUCGUGGUAGCGAUUGGAGCUUUAACAAAUAUAGGGCUUGCGAUUAAGCUGGAUCCAAAAUUUCCGUCGAGGCUGGCGCAGCUGUAUAUUGGUGCUGGGCAUAUUCAUAAUGAGGAGUAUAAAGAAGCAGAAUUCAAUGCAGAGAUGGAUCCAGAAGCCUACUACAUGAUAGUCAACAGCAGUUUACCUACUGACCUAACGAUAGUUCCGUUUUCACCCAUCAGGACAGCCUUUAAAAUAGACAAUAAUUGGCGUCUGAACGUUUUGGGCGCAAUACCCACCACCAUCAUGCAGUACAUGAACAAAUUCGAGCGCCUAUCGAUACCAGCAGCUCCGUAUUGGUCCACGCUGGAUCCUGUGGUCAUGGCUGUAGCUCUGCACGGCGUGGUUGUGGAUACCUGGCAUACGGCCUUGAGCAGUAUAGUUCUUUGUGGAAAGGACAGAGGUGUAACACCACACGACUUUUCUUCUGCGACUCCAAACGCGCGGGUUGCUGUAACCUUUAACAAGGGAAUAUAUAAAUUCUUCAUAUACUCUGUCUUUUCUGCAUCUCUGAGACGUGCGAACACUUUUUUAUUAUGA